CCAGUGUGUGAUGUGUCAAAUACGAUUACGCGCAAGACUCAACGCAGUCAACGAUGGAGAAGCUUUCCAGUUUGGAUGGACUACACCGAUUGGACUCUUCAGGAGCAGCAAACUCUUCUAGGCGACCUCUGAGCUCAGGUGUGGAUGCAGAGCAGAGAAGGCAGAAGGUCCGUGAUGUGAAUAAAGCAUUAGAACAUGAUCCGGUUGAUGUGACUGCACUGCGCAAAAUUGCACUAUCUUCUGGUGGUCUAAUCAAUGAGCAUCUUAGACAGAGAGUGUGGCCUAAAUUGCUGGCUGUCGACGUUCAUUUGCCAGUCACCUACCCUGCUGAUUUCGAGAGACAUAAAGACUUUGACCAAGUGAAACUGGAUGUGAGGAGAUCAGACAGGCGGUUUCCACCUGGAGUCAGAGCACGGUUUCGCCGCUUCAAACAGCAAGAACUAACAGAGGUCAUUAUGAAAGUAUUGUCUAUAUGCAUACAAUCCAAGCUACACUACUAUCAGGGCUUUCAUGAACUGGCUGUUCCUUUUUUGUUGGUGUGUGGCUCUGACAUUUGCUGUCGACUGUUGGUCCAGCUUUGUCAUUCACAUCUUCGUGAGUACAUGGGUGUGUCCAUGUCAGAAGCAAAUGUCCUGCUGGAUUUCCUGUAUCCUCUCAUUGCAGAACAUGAUGAUGAACUGGAGAGAUUUCUAGUCAGAUCUGAAGUAGGGACAGUGUUUAGUCUGAGUUGGAUGAUCACUUGGUUCAGCCAUGUCUUACCUGAUCUCAGCAUGGUCUAUCGACUGUAUGAUGUAUUUCUGGCAUCACAUCCACUCUUUCCCAUAUAUCUUGUUGCUAUGAUUGUUUUAGACAAACGGAAAGAGAUUUUGUCUGUGGAUUGUGAACUGAGUGCUGUGCAUUCAGUAUUGAGUCAUUUGAUUAAUGAACAUCUUCCCAUGGAAGUCCUUAUCUCCAAGUCCAUUAAUUUUUUCAAGCAGAAUCCACCAGCAAUGCUGGCAUCAAGACACAGACUAGACAUUGACAAGAGUCUUGUGAUGGCUGGUUACAGAAGUUUGCAAGAAAAAUUACUGAGGCAGAGACCAGAUCGAAUCCUUCGGUCUCGCUUGAAGAAAAAUCAACAAAAGGACAGUAAAGACAGUGGCAUGCUUUCUAUUCAGUCUGUAGCUCAAGUUGCUGCGUGGACGUUUUCUGUCGCUUUUGGAGCCGCUGCAUAUCUUUUGUAUGAAUCUUGGUAAUGUAACGAAGUAGACUUGUCUCUGCAAUGUGUCGUUGCUACCGGGUUGACGGAGUGCCUCUGACAGUUAAGUGUAAACAUGUGGCAGCCGGGUGGUGGCAAGUUUAUAGCUGCAUGACGUCUUUGCUCAGUUUAAAAUCUAGUGUAGAUACGCGCUGAGUCACUUUCCGUUGCUGUUAGUCUUUAGGAGUAGGACUACUCUCUGACUCUAACGCACAGUUUUGCUUCUACCAAGCAACGGGUGUGUUUACAUCUCAUUCAAGUGAAUUGAGGAAGGAUCAAAUAUGUUUCUCCUUUGCUACAUCUUUUUUGUUUUGGGCUUAAGAGGAAUGGAUUUAGCAAACGGACAGAUUAUGGUGGAACCAAUUUCAUCGUCAAUCUGGAUUGAUGUAGUGUACUCCACUAUGGCAAUUCCUGCUCCUACUCCAUUGCCUGCUCCUACUUCAGUGUCAAAAGGAGUUCAAUUUCAAUUUGGUGAGGAUGCUGGUGAUACGAUGGCUGAGUUGACCAAUGACGACUGUUCUGAUCCUGUCAAACUGGAUAGUGGACCAGUACCUGUAUUUGAUGGACAUGUGUCCAGAUUGCACGUUUGUUCAAAUGGAAUUAUUUCAGGCAACAAGCCAUUUAAAUUAUCUACUCCUCAGUUCUUUCCUGGAGACAAAGCAGUACGAGAGAGGGUUUUGUUUGCUCCAUUUUGGGCUAAUAUUGAUCUUCAACAAGAGGGAAAGAUUUGGUAUCGAGUUCAUUUGAGACCAGACAACACCACUCGGAAAGCUGAUUCAAUAGUUCACAAUAUAACUG